GUCCCUGGUUCGAGCCCAGUUAGGGGCGAGGAGAGGAACGGAAGCAAUACUGUUACACACGCACAGUACGUGGCGGCAUGCACAAACAGAAUGCCAUGAUGCCAAAGAAGAAGAAGAAUGCACUGUGCCCCCCCCCCUCCCCCUUCAGGACUCUGGGCUGACUCUUUGGAAAGCCAAAACAGCGGAGCAGGGGUUUUGUUUUGGAGCAGGGGUUUUGGUUUUGUUGUUUCGGGAUAAAGCAUUUUCUGGCUAGCCAUGGGGAAAAUGAGCACGAAGCAAGUCACCUGCGGGUAUUUUCUCCAUGGUGUCUGCCGAAAGGGGAAUAGGUGUGUCAAAGAGGAUUGGUGUCAAGUGUAAACGGAGUGAGCUGUAUUCCAGACCGAGUUCUGGAGACUAAAUGGCAAUGAACGAGGGUGAAGUAGCGGAGGUGGCAGGUGUGGUGACGUUCUCGGAGCCCGAGCAUCACCGAGAGUGUCAGGAUAAAGAUGAGUCUGGUCUGGUAGAAGUGACAUUUUUUUGGGUGUAUGGAAAGCAACUUCGCUAUAUGAAAAGCAAAUCAGCUAAUUGGGCAGUUUUGUUGGCAUUCAAGAACGUUUUGCUUGGCUGAUUGGGCAGCAAGACACUUGUAUUGGCCUGCCUGGCGACUUCCAACUGGGCAUCACAGUCGUGUUGCCGGAGGUAGCUAACGUGGCAAUUGUUUUCAAGGAUAGCAGCCUACCCAAGAAAUAACAAAUAUUGAUAAGCAUCUAGAUGUCACCUUUAUACAUAGCCUACUACUCAAUGGGGAGGGCAUGGAAGGCGACACUGUGACAGUGCCCUUAGCUCUUGCUUGACAAGAACUACUGGCAACACAUGGGAAGUAGCUACCUAGUAGGAAAUAUCAGGGUGACAGUCAAAGUAAGCACAUGCAUACAACGCAUGAAGCAACAGUACACCCAUCAUGAAUACUUUUAAUAAAAAAUAAUCAAUCAUCAGUUUUAUAACUGAAAUGUACAAUUAUUUGUGUAACACUAUCUGUGAAAUGCGACUCAAACUCAUCUGGCUUAAAAACGAAUUCCAAACUCGCGAUAUGGUAGCUCAAAUAUGUACGGUAGUUGCGUGGUUAGAAACGGAAGACAAAAAACACCGCUCAAUCAAAACCGUCUAACCUAUAGCAGCGCUCUUUCCACACACCCACUAAUUUCCACACGCCCACUACUUUCCUUUCGACCAACACACCAACUCGCCCAUAUUCCGGUCGCCAUAUUGGAAUGCAGCUACCCCCUUCAAUAUCUCAUUGGCUGUUCCGCUGUUCGAAGUGAAAGCGGGAGGAAGUAGAAGACGUACGACAACGCUUGACAGAAGAGGACAGAAAUUAUAAUGGACGUAACGACGUGUCUGAAGUCUCUCCUGCUGGCCAUCCACCAGUACAGAGACAACAGGAUGGCCCAUAACGCUGCCCAGCUGCAGAAACAGGUGGAGGAGCUGUCAGGAAUGCAGUGUGUUCGUCUGCUGUCGUCGGGCCAGGUCCUGCCUAGUGAGUGUGUCUGUGGACUUGUGGAGCUGGCAGGAGACCCUAACACUAGCCCCGCACUCACUGGAACCAUAAUCUCUCUUCUGGCCCAACUAGUCUGUGAUGAUGAGAGCAGAGAUGUUCUCCAGAGCAGUUAUAACCUAACCAGCACUCUGGCCUCCAUCAUCCACUGCCACAGCGCCACCCCCAGGGAGCCGCUGGUAUUACAAUGUUUAAAGGUGCUACAGAGACUCACCUAUAACGGACGGAUAUUCCACUGUGCCAACUACAUCCAUGAGCUCAUAGACUUUCUGAUGAGCAACAUUAUAGCAGAGGUGAAUGUUUACAUCCAGUCGCACAAUGAUGACAUCACCAUGCCGUGCCUGGGUUUGAUGGCUAACCUGGUUCGCUACAACCUGUCAGUCCAGACUCACAUUAAAGCUCUGAGCAAUGUGAAGGUGUUCUACCGAACCCUGAUUAACUUCCUGGCCCACAACAGUUUGACAGUGGUGGUGUUCGCUCUCUCCAUACUGGCCAGCCUCACUCUCAAUGAGGAUGUAGGGGAGAAGCUGUUCCAUGCUAAGAACAUCCACCAGACAUUCCAGCUGAUCUUUAACAUCAUCGUCAACGGCGACGGAACCCUAACCAGGAAGUACUCUGUAGACCUACUGGUGGACCUGCUAAAGAACCCCAAGAUGGCUGACUACCUGACUAGGUAUGAACACUUCUCAGUGUGCGUGUCCCAGGUGUUGGGUCUGCUACAUGUUAAAGACCCGGACUCUGCUGCCAAGGUGUUGGAGCUGCUCCUGGCUCUGUGUGGUGUGUCAGGCCUGAGGUCUCUGCUGUGUGAGGUCGUGUUCCGUCCCGCCGCCCCACGGCUCAGAGCUGCAAGCCGCAGACAGGGGGCGGGCCUAGACGCAGGGCAGAAAACCGAGCCGGGCUUAGCUCUCAUCCAAUGGCUGAGCUCUCCGGCUGAGGGGGAGGAGUUAUGCUGUCUACAGGCCCUGCAGCUGCUGACUGAACUACUGGAAGAGGCGUUGGGUUCACAGGUCGUGUCUGUGUGCGUGUUGGGCUUCGUUGAGUUGUUGGUUCCAGUGGUGUUGGAUCUUCUGCAGGGACUGGACCCAGCCGCACCAGACAGCCAGCUCAGAACACACUGCAUACGCACAACACACACCACCAGCCUGCUGCUAAUGCUGUGUAGUGAGGACUCGGUGUGUAGGGUGGUGUCUCGUCAGAUGAGCUCCCAGCUCUGUCUCUCUCAGGUGGAACUACUGCUCUCCUGUUGCCAUAACAAUGACCCGCUCACCUGCCCCCUCACCGGCCACGACAGUAGCCUCAGUCAGGUGUGUGGUGAGGCUGUGUUGAAGGCUGUGGAGUUGAUGAGUAAACUGAGACAGCAGGUGAAGGACAUGGAGACCAGCUUCUACAGAAUACUACAGGACCAGAGGAUGGUCACGCCCCUCUCUCUGGCGCUGACGUCCAGUCACAGAGAGCAUGUUCAGACUGGGCUUCGUCUACUGUUGGAGGCCACGCCUCUCCCAGACUUCCCUUCGCUGGUUCUAGGGGAGAGCAUCGCUGCCAACAAUGCAUAUCGCCAGAGGGAGGCUGAGCUGUCUGUCAAACGGGUUGCUGUGCAACAGGAUUUCCCAGCCCCCAUGGGGAAAAGCCUAUCAGGGCCUUCUCCCUCUAGCCCCUCCCACAGCAUUCACAGCCUCAUAGAGAAACUACAGAACGGCAUGGAGGAUCAGAUGAAGGAUGUGCGUGUGUCAGAGAUCAUGGAUAUUUAUGAACAGAAGAUCUCCUCUCUGGCGUCUAAGGAGGGGAGGUUACAGGAUCUGUUAGAGGCCAAAGCUCUGGCUCUCUCUCAGGCCGACCGCCUCAUCACUCAGUACCGCUGUCAACGAGCUCAGGCAGAGGCCGAGGCACGUAAGCUAGCAUCUAUGCUGAAGGAGGCAGAACAGAGGAGAGAGGAGCUGCAGGUGGAGUUGGGCAGCCAGGUGCUGGAGGCAGAGAGGGCGAAGGGAGACAUCGAGGAGUUGUUGCAACACAAUGCUAGACUGCAGGCUGACUCUCAGGAACACCAGUCUCUCAAAGGAUCCUACAACCAGCUGCUUAACAGGUUUAAUGAGAGUGAGCGUCUGUUGAAGGAGCUGCAGGCGGCUCAUAUCUCCCUCAUUAAACAGAUGGACACAGUGAGGAAGACCCAGGACACACUACGACUACAGCACGACAAAGCAUUGUGUGAGCUGAAAGAGAGGGAGGAGCAAAUGAAAUCUUUUCAAUCAGAGCUUCAGCAGAGAAACCGUGACAUCACAGGUCUGCGUGGUGAGUUGCGGGAUCAGGAGGAGAGGGGGAGAGCGAAAGAGAAAGAGAGGGAGGAACUAGAGGAAACGGUGGAUAUUCUGAGGAAGGAACUCAACAAGACUGAGCUGGCCAGAAAAGACGCCAGCAUCAGGGCGUCCUCUCUGGAGCUGCAGAAAGCCCAGGUGGAGGCCAAACUGCAGAAGAAAGAGGACGAGCUGAACAAACACUCUUCUAUGAUCGCCAUGAUACACAGCCUCAGCUCUGGCAAACAGAAGAGUGACGUCAACCUGUCCCUCUGAGACACAAGCAUACACUGCCAAUUUGUCUCUGUGACAUCUGCACACACACACACACAGGAUCAGAAGGAAUGGAUAUUUUUAAACUAAAUUAGUAACUAAUUUGUCAUUUUAAUGUACCGCUAUCUGCAUUUUUAAACCUAUUGUCUAUAUAUCCUGCAUUUACCAUUAUUCUACCAUCUGUUUUUCUGUCUGUUGUAUUGACGUGUAAAUAAAUAUUGACUGGUCUGAU